CCACGUCCCUAUGUCUCUUUGGAAUCCGGACGAGAGGAGACUUCCCUCUUCAAUCUCUUUGUUCUUGAUUUCCUUAUCCUCCGAAGUCCAGCUCUUCGAUCCAUAGCAAGAACCCCUCUUUCAAGUUGAACACCACCCACCCGCUACUAUCCCCUGCUCGGUCCUCAGUGGAAGCUUGAACACACUUCACUCCUCUCUCUCUCUCUCUCUCUCUCUCGGAUGUCUUUUUGAGGACAAGACAAUGGCAGAUAUUCAGUUGGGUGCUCACACUGUAAAAUCUCAUGGAGUGAAGGUGGCAAAGUUCCACAUGCAUGACUGGAUAAUACUACUACUUCUUGUUGUGAUAGAAAUCAUAUUGAAUGUUAUAGAACCUUUUCAUCGCUUUGUGGGGAAAGACAUGAUGACUGAUCUGAAGUACCCACUGAAAAGUAAUACAGUGCCUUUUUGGGCUGUUCCAAUGAUCGGAAUUGUCUUGCCUUUUGUAAUCUUCCUUGCAAUCUACUACAGGAGGAGGGACGUUUAUGAUUUGCAUCAUGCAAUACUGGGCCUUUUAUUCUCUGUGCUGAUAACUGGGGUGAUAACAGAUGCAAUUAAGGACGGAGUGGGUCGACCUCGACCUGACUUCUUUUGGCGCUGUUUUCCUGAUGGAAAAGAGGAUUAUGACAGUGUCACAACAAAUGUUAGAUGCCAUGGAGAACCUAGAGUUAUAAAAGAAGGGCACAAAAGUUUUCCUAGUGGACACUCCUCAUGGUCCUUUGCAGGACUAGGAUUUCUUUCGUGGUAUCUUGCAGGGAAGAUCCAAGCUUUUGAUCGAAGAGGCCAUGUCGCAAAACUUUGCAUUGUGUUUCUUCCUCUACUCGUGGCAUCUCUUGUGGCGAUUUCUCGAGUGGAUGAUUACUGGCAUCACUGGCAAGAUGUCUUUGCUGGUGGUAUUUUAGGACUAAUAGUUGCUUCGUUUUGUUAUCUGCAGUUCUUUCCACCACCAUAUUCUGUAAAUGGUUGGGGACCGCAUGCAUAUUUCCAGAUGUUGGCGGACAACCAGAACAAUGCUCAAGUGACACACACUGUAAAUCCUCUCAGUACUGUGCCAUCAGAGAUCGAUGCUGGUUAUAUCCAUACAGAACAACAGCAGCACGGGAUCAGCAUGAGAAGUUUAAGCGCACUGCCAGAUAUUGAAGUUGGUGGCAGACAAUAAAGAUCUUCGUAUCAUGCAUGCGUUCGUAGUUUUCCAACCUCGAGUCAUCAGCUUCAUACCAUGCUGUGGGAUCUCCAACAUCAUCUGCCAACCUCUGUUUCGAUUCCCCUUUGUAAUCGCUGGUCUUUGCGUAGAAGGGUACGUCACUAUGUACUCUGUAUAAUAAAUUUCACAUGUGCAGUCGCCACUAGAAUAUUGGAAAUAUUCAAUUUCUCAUCGAGUCAUCUGCUUUCAUCA